CUCCCGCUGCCCUCCUUCCCGCAAUUCCGGCUCACAUGACCGCCGUCCGGGCCGCGGCCGUGCUGGUGGCCGCCGCCGCGCUCGCGAUCCUCCUCCCGGGAUGGGCGGCGGCGGCGUGGACCCUCACGAAGAAGGGCACCAUCGUCACCUACGACGCGCGCUCCCUCAUGAUCGACGGCAAGCGGGACCUCUUCUUCUCCGGCGCCGUCCACUACCCCAGGAGCCCGCCGGAGCUAUGGCCGAAGCUGAUCCAGCGGGCCAAGGAGGGCGGGCUCAACACGAUCGAGACGUACGUAUUCUGGAACGCACACGAGCCUGAGAAGGGCAAGUACAAUUUCGAAGGCAGGCUCGACUUGAUCAAGUACCUCAAGGUGAUCCAGGACCACGACAUGUAUGCAGUUGUGCGCAUUGGGCCCUUCAUCCAGGCAGAAUGGAACCAUGGUGGUUUGCCUUAUUGGCUUAGAGAGAUAGACCGCAUAAUAUUCCGGGCAAACAAUGAUGCAUACAAGAAAGAAAUGGAGAGAUUCGUGAGAUUCAUAGUGCAAAAGUUGAAGGAUGCUGAGCUAUUUGCGUCUCAAGGAGGACCCAUCAUUCUAACACAGAUCGAGAAUGAGUAUGGGAACAUAAAAAAGGAUCAUAAAAUAGAUGGUGACAAAUACCUCGAAUGGGCAGCUCAAAUGGCCCUUAGUACACAAACCGGAGUUCCAUGGGUAAUGUGCAAGCAGUCUUCAGCUCCUGGUGAAGUGAUUCCUACUUGCAACGGAAGGCAUUGUGGAGACACAUGGACACUACGUGACAAAGAUAAGCCAAUGCUUUGGACUGAGAACUGGACUGCACAAUUCAGAGCAUAUGGUGAUCAAGUAGCUAUGCGUUCAGCUGAGGACAUUGCGUAUGCUGUGUUGCGAUUUUUUGCAAAGGGUGGGUCAAUGGUUAACUACUACAUGUAUCACGGUGGAACAAAUUUUGGAAGGACUGGUGCUUCUUAUGUGCUGACCGGAUACUAUGAUGAAGCUCCCAUGGACGAAUAUGGUAUGUGCAAGGAGCCCAAAUUUGGGCAUCUCAGGGAUUUACACAAUGUGAUAAGGUCAUACCAGAAAGCAUUCCUCACGGGGGAACAUUCAUCUGAGAUGUUGGGUCAUGGGUAUGAGGCACACACCUUUGAGUUACCUGAAGAUAAGCUGUGCCUCUCUUUCCUCUCCAACAACAACACAGGGGAAGAUGGGACGGUGAUCUUCCGAGGGGAGAAGCACUAUGUGCCUAGCCGUUCUGUCUCCAUUCUUGUAGGGUGCAAGAACGUGGUUUACAAUACCAAGAGAGUGUUUGUACAACACAGUGAAAGGUCAUUCCAUACCUCAGAGGUGACGAGCAAGAAUAACUUGUGGGAAAUGUUCUCAGAAGCGAUCCCAAAGUAUCACACAACUAAAAUCAGGGCAAAGGAACCCCUGGAGCAAUAUAACCAAACCAAGGAUGCUACUGACUACUUGUGGUACACCACAAGCUUUCGCCUGGAGUCCGACGAUUUGCCCUUUAGAGGCGACAUCCGGCCUGUGCUUCAGGUCAGAAGUAGUGCGCACUCAAUGAUUGGAUUUGCCAAUGAUGCCUUCGUAGGAAGUGGGCGUGGAAGCAAGCAGGUAAAGGGUUUCAUGUUCGAAAGACCCGUCGAUCUGAAAGUAGGUGUGAACCAUAUCACAUUGCUGUCGACAGCAAUGGGAAUGAAGGACAGUGGUGGCGAACUUGCUGAAGUAAAAGGUGGCAUUCAGGAGUGCCUAAUCCAAGGUCUCAACACUGGGACGUUGGAUUUACAAGUCAAUGGCUGGGGCCAUAAGGCUGCACUGGAUGGUGAGGAUAAGGAGAUCUAUUCGGAAAAAGGUGUGGGCAAAGUUCAGUGGAAACCGGCCCAGAAUGACAUGCCAACCACUUGGUAUAAGAGAUACUUUGACGAGCCAGAUGGAGAUGACAUCGUUGUUCUUGAUAUGAGCUCAAUGAGCAAGGGCAUGAUUUUUGUGAAUGGUGAAGGCAUGGGUCGGUACUGGGUGUCAUACAAAACUCUUGCUGGAACUCCUUCUCAAGCAUUGUACCAUAUUCCUCGUCCUUUCUUGAAACCCAAAGACAACCUCUUGGUUGUGUUUGAGGAGGAAUUGGGCAAGCCGGGUGGUAUCCUCAUCCAGACGGUGACGAGAGACGACAUUUGCGUGCUGCUCUCGGAGCACAACCCAGCGCAGAUCAAGACGUGGGACACAGAUGGUGACAAAAUCAAGCUCAUCGCAGAGGAUCACAACACGCGGGGCACCUUGACGUGCCCCCCGAAGAAGACAAUCCAGGAGGUUGUCUUUGCCAGCUUCGGCAACCCAGAGGGCAUGUGCGGCAAUUUCACUGUAGGCACUUGCCACACUCCCAACGCGAAGCAGGUCGUUGAGAAGGAAUGCCUCGGGAAGCCGUCUUGCGUGCUGCCGGUGUCGCACACGGUGUAUGGCGCAGACAUUAACUGCCAAUCAACGACUGCGACACUGGGGGUGCAGGUGAGAUGCGGUUCGGAGAAGAAGGGUGCUUGAGAAUAACAAGAUGGAUGCUGCUAAUUGACGCCUCAGCGUUUUUGUUUGUUCAUCCCUUCGGUUCGGCACUCACGCUUAUGGCCCAUUGGUCUGCCGUUGCGAUUGAAAUGUGAUUGGAACAUGGUUGAUCUGGGAACUAACAUGAAAUGAGUGAAGGUUAGAUGCUGAUCAGACCGAAGAUGUGUGUUUCCCCCUCUUUCCUUCUGCAUCGUGCUGUUUCAUGUAAUGUAACCAGCACAAUAUAUAGAUGUUGAAUAAUCGUGAUUGAUAGUAUAGAUCUUAGAAUUUGCCAACUUUUGAGCAAAAGACUCUUGGAGAUUGGACUGACAAUUUGCUUCCCGCAACGUGGGUAUAAGUGUUCCAUUAAUUCAAAAACAGGGAGGAGAGUAAUAGCCUACAAGUUUAAUACUGCAAA